UUCAGCGCAUGUGCAACUCCGCCAUUGUUUCGCGAGGAAAUCAGUAUUUCACGAACCGAAGCCUCCCCAAUUUUGUGGACAAAUUACUGACUUUGGAGAGCGUUUACAGUGCUAGAAAAACCGACAUCCCUUGCUGUGAGAACUGAACUGCCAGCUUUUGGCCUUUAUAAAGUUUGACUUGGAUAUAUUCGGGACUAAAUCGGGCGAUGUCUGCUGGGGUCGACCAGAAGCCGAAAUCGCAAAGGGCUCAAGUUCAAAAUGGUCCGGUGAACACAAAAGAAGGAGUUUCCGAUGAAGAUUUUGAGCGAUACGUGCAGAACAGUCAAGCCAACCAGGGAUACACGGCUCCCAAUAUGGCGCCUGCACAGGAUUACUUGCCGAGCUACUAUCCAUCAUACUCCUUCCAAUACUCCAUGCCUGGUAGCGAGACCACCUGGUCCACUGGAGGGGAUUUCAACAACUUUAACUAUGGUACCUACGACAACAACUAUGCUGCGGAGAACUACUACAACCAGCCGGGUACGACUCCGCCAUACCUGAACCAAGGGUUGAACUUCUUUCCAGGGAAUGCUGACUUUAUGACCGGCUCAUGGAGUAACAGCUCUGCUCCUGGGCCGCAGGGACAACAGCCACAACAGGUGACCUCGCGUAGCCAACCGGCAGCGCAGGGGACUUCUUACUAUGAUUACGCUCGUUAUCCCAAUGCCUCCCAACAACAGGUGGCACCAGGGGGGCAGCGGGGGUAUCAGGGAAUUAACGGACUGGAUGGGCAUGAUGGUAAAGCUCAUGGGAUGAAAGCUGUGGAACAGGGAAUGUCCGGACUGAAUAUUGGAGCAGCGGGCGAUAAGCAGAAUGCCAUUGGUGGGGUGAUGACCCAGAACACUCAUGGUAUGCGGUCAGAGCAGGAAAUGGUGCGUGGACAGCAAGUUACUACAUCAUCAAUGGCGCAACAGGCUCCCCCUCCCCCUGCCUCGGCCCCAGUGACUGCUGCUAAACCUGUAUCUUGGGCAGCCAUUGCCAGCAAACCGGCCAAACCCCAACCUAAAAUGAAAACCAAAACUGGAUCCCAUGCCCCGGUACCGACUCAGCUCCCACCCAUGAAACAAACCAUGACCAUUGGAACUUGGAAUGGGAAUGAUAAACAGGGAGCUAAGCCGGCCACCACUACUGCAGCUUCUGUUGUACAGCAACCUCAGGUGCAGCAGCCACCCCAAACCCAAUCCCAUGGGCAAGGACAAGGACAAGGAGGACAGUCAAACAAGCAGCAGGAACAUGGACAGGGGCAGCAGAGUGGACCAUCUGGGCAGCAGCAGCAGCAACAGCAACAGCAGCAGCAACAACACCAAAACCGUGCGCCUCAACAAUCACAGCAGCAGCAAAGGAACCACGGCGGCAACCCACCCAAUCAACACCAGCAAAUGCAGCAGCGCUGGAGCGGCAGCAACACCCAAGGGAACAGCAACAGUUAUGCUAAUCGUUCCAGCGGCGGUGGGAACAGUGGGAGUGCAGCUAAUGGUAGCAGUGGUGCGUCUGGAAUCAGUGCCAUCUCAGUUGGCCAAGCUAUGGGCGGGGCUGCUCCACAGCCCAGUCAACCCAGCCCUGUACUGGACAAGCUGCACUCUGCAAACACCUACAAUCCUAACAGUUUCAGUCUGGACAUCAAAAACUCGCGCAUGUUCAUCAUCAAGAGUUACUCGGAGGACGAUAUCCACCGUGCUAUCAAGUAUGGCAUUUGGUGCAGCACGGAGCAUGGCAACAAGCGCCUGGACAGUGCAUUCCGUGAGCGUACCACCAAGGGACCCAUCUAUCUCCUGUACAGCGUUAACGGCAGCGGACACUUCUGCGGCGUGGCAGAGAUGAUGUCAGUGGUGGACUACAAUGUCAAUACGGGUGUCUGGAUGCAGGAUAAAUGGAAAGGGCGCUUUGAUGUGCGCUGGGUCUACGUCAAGGAUGUACCGAAUAGCCAGCUGCGACAUAUCCGUCUGGAAAACAACGAUAAUAAACCCGUGACAAACUCUCGCGACACCCAAGAAGUGCCGCUGGAUAAAGGGCGUCAGGUCUUGAAGAUCAUCCACGCGUACCGUCACACUACGUCAAUUUUUGACGACUUUGGGCACUAUGAGAAGCGUCAGGAAGAAGACACAGCUCGUAAGCCGUCUGGACGUGAUCGCAGAGCCCAGCACAGGAACUAAACUGCUUCUGGUGAUGCGCCUCAUGCUUGGAUUGGAUCAGAUUGGAUCAAGCAAGAUCUGCAGGAUGGCAUGUCUCUAAUCUCAUGGAUUGCGCAUCUGGAUCUAGGAUUAUGUCUUAAUCUCUUAUGGAUCCAAGAAGUUGUCUUGAAGGGAUAGAACUCCAAAGAUUUCUGCAACCCCGAGUGUGUGGUGCAAUUUAGUCAUCAUGAAGCAUCUUUCAACUUGUGAAGUUUCGAAAAAAUUAUUAAAGAUCGUUUAGUCUGUAUUUUUGUCGUACCUAAUUGGAAAAAAAACUCCCAAAACUUCUGGAAAAGACUCAUGUGUUUUAGUAUUGUGGACGUAUUAAGUGGAAAAACAACUAAAAGAAAACUCUGCAAAACUUUUAAAGGGAAAAAAACCGUAUAGAAAUUGAACAUUAACUAUUGAAGUAGUGACGAACUGUAUGAGUUGUCGUCGUAUCCCCCGUGUUGCAUAAUUAUUGCUGGAUAGCAGUCAACUUGUUUUACAUUAUUUACUCCUUGUGGACAUCUGAAGAUGGAUGUUUUGAAAACUACGAAUUAUUAUGAAACUAUAUCUUUUAUUGUGCUUAAAUGCUUCUUUGCUUUUGCCUCUUCUUACGAACUCUUAAGUGAGUUGUUCAUCGCUUAGGGAUUAUAAUCAAACAAUAAAACACAAAACGGAAGAAAACAGGAUUUUUCUAGACUACUGGAAAAGGAGCGUGUGCGAGAGCCAAGUGGUGGGAAUACUGCUGUAAAUUGUGUUUUUUGCGUUGUGAGUUUAGGACCAGAAAAGUGUGCAGACAUUUUCUCAGUGGGGGAGGAGAAAAUCCCCCAAACGCAACUCAAAUUUAAAACAUUCAAAUGAGCAAGGUUUAUAUGGAAGGAACUCAGCGAAAGGUGUCAAGUGAGAACAAGAAUAUAAAAACACUCUAUCCCCUUCUUCCUUGCAAUUUUGAAACCAGCUAGCGUUUUUUUUUUUUUUAAGAGUAACAUGCUUUGCUCUUGAGAAGAAGAAAAAAA